CAGGACCAUCGAAACGAUGAUCAGUCUGCAUCUGGCCUUAGGGACGGACGUGCAUAGGAUGUAUACCUCACCUUCAAGAGCUAGACAGCUCUACCAGCUGACGAGAUUGAAGUCCAACAUUUAUCUCAAGUCGAAAUGGCCCAAGGGUUGAAAGAGAUACUUCUAUCGCAUCCACAGAGUAAAGACAGGACACGAUGCUCAAAUACGCUCAUCUAUAUAGAUCUGAGAUCUUGCUCCAAGCAUCCUUAUCAGUCAACAGCAAGAGACGUACGACGACGAUGCUCAGAACAACCACGCAACAGCCUCCUACCCUGCUGCCAUUCCAUCUAUCAUUGGGUUCUCGAAACAAGCCCUAUCUGGUAUUGCCAACUACCCCUCGGGGCUGGGCACCUCUUCGAGAAGCUUAUGAUCCUUCGCACUUACCGACUCUCCCACCGCUUCUACCUCAUUUUCAGGACAUGAUUCGCCAAGAUCAUCCAGAACUCAUGACUCUGGCCAGGAAGGGAGAUGCCAUUGUCUUGAAAGCGAUCAGACGGGCCAUACAAAGGGCCACCAGCGGCGUGUGGAGACCAGGCGGUGCAUGGGAGAAUAAAGUAGAAAGCAUUCUCAAAUCGAACAACGUCUUUGCCUACCUAGCCAUUUCACUCGGCAUUGUCACUCAUCAUUCAGCCAAUCAUCUCCGCCUCAAGCGUUCGGCCGAUCUAUUCGAAGCAUAUCUUGGUGCUUAUGAGAAACAAUUCAACCAAUCCUCAGCGUCUGGUGUCCAGAUGACUCCUGUCCAAUUGACGGUAUUCCUCGAUCAACUUUUCAAAGAGAGAGUAUGGAGGAUUCUCAGACCAGCCCUUCCUAUUACGCCCACGACGUCGUUCCGGAAAGCGUUGCCCUUAUUCCCCACCGCUACUAUUACAGGGGGAGGUCCUCCUUGCCCUCGUACUUUGCUCGACAUCAUAGCCUUCUCACCUCUUUCCGGCAAUCGUCUUCCUCUCACCCCUCUUCAGUCCCAGAACAACGCUCUCAUCGAUCCUUCCCCUCUUACCAACUCAGUCUCUCUUGUCGGAGGCGUGAAAGGAGGUACAUCAGCGUCAGAGAAGUCGAGAAAAAGGAAGGACAGCAAGAAGCGUGGCUCUCGAACUCUACCUGAGGAUAGACAGAACCAGCAACAACGCGUCGAGACGCCACUUCUCCGUCGAAUCGUUCGGAAAAGGUUUGAUGUCUGCACCGCCGCCAAAGCUGCAGCUCGAGAUUUCACAAAAGAUCCCAUAGACGUCACACCAGCAGCUGCAAAUGUCCCGGCCACUUGCAACCCAGUGAGAGCCUCCAUUCAGCUACAAGCAGGUCCGGUCAAGGUGAAAGACACCAUCGUCACACCGAUCUCGGAGAUUUCCGCAGUGGUCUCAGCGACCAAUAAGCCCCUGACUCCCAAGGGACGGUUCUCGACAGCACCGGAGACCAAACUGAAGGGAGCAGCCAUCCUGGACAAAGUAUCACCUUCGCUGCCUCGUGAGGUUGAGAAAAUCGCGAUACCCAUUGCGAGUGGAAUACUAGGGCCACUGCCGAAGCUGCUCGCGAAAAGCGAGCUACUGGUCAAGGAGAAGGCGGAGGUCGAGCAAUUGUGGUCCAGAGAGAAUGGCAGACUGAGAGCUCGCAAGUGA